AUGUCAAAGCCCAAGGUGUUAGUUUGUGCUCACCCGGAAUACGGUCUGAUUUGGGCAAAAGAUGAAAUCGUUUCUUUACUUGGACCCAUAGCGGAGUUAGUUCCAUUCACCUCCAAAUCAAGAGAAGAAUUUUAUGCCGAUUGUAAAACCAAAUACGACGGUGUGGUAGGUAUUUACCGACAUUCCGAUUCUGCUUUAGCUAUUGGGGUUUUCGAUAAAGAUUUGAUUGAACAUUUACCAAGUUCUGUGAAAUACGUUUGUCAUAAUGGUGCGGGAUAUGAUCAGGUCGACGUAGCAGCCUGUAGCGCUCGUGGAAUUCAAGUUUCUCACACCCCCGGAGCGGUAGACGAUGCGACAGCUACCAACGCCGCAUUCCUUAUCAUCUCCGCUUUGCGACAAUUCUCUUAUGGUGAGAAGAUGGCUAGGUCGGGGUUAUGGAAAGGACCAAAAUGGACUCCGGCUAGUGAUCCCGAAGGUAGGGUUUUGGGAAUUAUCGGGAUGGGGGGGAUUGGCAAGGCCUUAGCACGUCGAAUGCUCGGAUUCAACAUGAAGAUCAUCUAUUACAAUCGCUCUCCCUAUUCACCAGCUCCCGAUUUCCCUUGCACAUACAUCGAUAACAUGAACAAUCUACUCGCUCAAUCCGAUGUCGUUUCACUCAACUUACCUCUAAACGCCAAUACAAAAGGAAGUUUUGGUAAAGCUCAAUUUGAUAAGAUGAAAGAUGGUGCUUGUUUGGUCAAUACGGCUAGAGGUGCAGUGGUUGUGGAAGAGGAUUUGAUCGCUGCUUUGGAGAGCGGAAAGCUCGCUUGCGCAGGUCUUGACGUUUAUCCAGAGGAACCGAAGAUUAACCCAAUUUUACAGAAAAUGGACCAAAUAACCAUUUUGCCUCAUUUAGGUACUGAAACUCGUGAUACGCAAAAGAAAAUGGAAGUUCAAGUGGUAUAUAAUUUGAUUUCCGCUUUGACGGGUAAAGGUUUGAUAAACCUUGUUAAAGAACAACGAGUUUGAUCGUCUUACCACGCUUUCUCUCUGUGAUCAAGUUCAUUUGUGUAGAGAAACAUGCAUCUAUCUGUUUG